AUGGGCUGGAAGCAAGGAGAUGCCAUCGGAGACACCAUGGCGACCAUCCAGCCUGUGAUCAAGAUAAAACCGAAAGACCUGUCAAACGGAGGCUAUGGAUUUGUUGAGUUUGAUGAUAUCCGAGACGCCGAGGAUGCCCUGCGUGACGGUCGCUUUCAAAUUGACGGCCACCCAAUAGUUGUUGAAUGGGCAAAGGGUAGUGGUCGUCGCUCCAAUUCUGAUGAGUGUUUCCGCUGCGGAAGAACAGGGCACUGGGCGAGAGACUGUCCGUCUGGCGGUCGUGGCUCUUCGCCGUCACGAUCUUCGCGUUCUUCCAGAUACAGAUCCCGCUCGCGUGAAAGAAGAAGAUAUAGCCGCUCCCCCUCUCGCUCCUCUUCAAGAUCACCACCAAGAUCUUCACGCCGCAGCAGCCGCUAUCGCUCUAGAUCCCGCUCACUAAGCCGCCCUCGCUACCAUCGUAGUGAGCGCCGUUACCAUUCUCGCUCGAGAUCGGUCAGUCGUCAUCGUCAUGAUUCCAGAUCAGCCUCUCCUAGGGGAGGCUCGCCAGCUCGCUCGCCACAAAGAGAACCUGUGGAUCGAUCUCGCUCGAGAAGCCUCUCCCCAAGAGGAAGAUCCAGAGACCGCUCGCCAAUCCCCGAGCGCUCCCAAUCCCCACGAGAUGACCAGUUGUAA